AUGGCACAAUCUAUUUCCAUUCGAAUAUUAUCAAUGCGCCGGCUAGCAACAAAUCCAUUGCGACCGGCAGCUACGAGAGCUUUCUUCCCCGUUCCAACUCUUAGUACUCGGAGGAGCUACUCUAUCGACGAGAAGGCAAAGGAGGUAGAGCCAGGCGGCCAGCGGCGGCUGAUCAGAACUCUGCACGCUAGACUGAUCAUAGCCUCAGCCUUGGCCGUCGCUGGACUUGGCUUUUUUUGGCUACGGAGGGGCAAGGGCGAUAUCAGUGGUGCUGGCCAUGGUGCCAAUCAGGAAUACAAGAAAAGUUCUGAAGGAAAUAAUUAG